CUAACAAACAGACUCACUCAUUCAUUCACAUCUCAAUCCACAAUGUUAACAACACUUCAAUCUCCGGUCACCAGAAACCCCAUCCCCUGUCCGAAACCCGGCCGCCGCCCUCUCCAACCGAUCACAUCCCCAACCAAUCUACCCCCAAUCGACAACAGCCUUAAAAAACCACAUCCAAAGCUCGGCUUCUUCGAGAUCUCAGAAGAUUCCUCCAACAAGGAGAACCCGACGUAUCCAGAUUCGAUUAAGAAUGAAAAACGGCAUCAAACUUGUAAUCCGGAUCAAAAUGGGUUUUCGAUCUCUAUCCCUGCGGUGCAAAUCGAGCAGUUUGAAGUGUCUUUGGCGGAUGAGCUGACGGCGAUCCGUGAAAAGAUGGAGCGAUUGAAGGCGGAUAAAGAGAAGACGGAGAAGCUGCUGAGAGAGAGGGAGUUAAUGAUGGAGAUGAAGAUGAAAGAGCUGGAUCAGCGAGGUGAGAUCCAGAAAGUGUUUGAGAUCGAAGUAGAUCGGCUUUACAGGUUGAACGAGCUCAGAUCGUUGUGCAAUAGGAUAUUGCCGAUUAGAUCAUUGAGAGAGAAGGAACAAGAGAAGAUUAAACCGGAUAAAUCGAAGGUUCCUUGUGAGUAAUCGGGGCGGAUAUUGGUUUGGUUUGGUUUGUUGUUGGGGUGUUCAUUGGGUUUCGGGUUCGAUUUAUUUGGUUUUGGUUUCGGUUUCGGUUUAAUGGGCUUUGAACCAAAUAUUGAACACCCUUGUUCGUGUCAAAAGGAAUAGUGGGUAUAAUGUCUUGUUGUAUUCAUGAACAUCAAUAUGAAAGAAAAAGAAUAAAAAUAGUAGCAUUUGUGUUCUGUGAUAAA